AUGGACUAUACACGAGUUCGACCAGACGAACAUGACGAGUUCAUCGGCGAGAAACCGACGCACUCGCGACAAACCCUGCCCCAUGGCACUUACCGUGCAUCUGCAAUUGUCAUCUCCAGUCUCGCUCUCACGAUAUCCAUCAUAACAGCAGCUUUCACCCUACUCGGUUAUAUCGGGCGCUCAGGCCAGCUGGAACCGUCUUCCUCACCGCGCCUCUUUCGCUGUGGCACAUCCGCCGCCGAAGCCAAAGCAGCCGGAUGUCACUUCGAUCUCAUGUCCUUCUCCUGGCUUCCACCCGAGUGCUACAACCAAGACCUCACGAAUGAUUUCCUCAACCACACAGACUGGCAGUGGUCGCUGGACGCGGAGGGGAAGCACAUGGUUUCCAAGCACUUUGUGCAACAGGGAGACUUUGAGUUCCUCUUCACGAGCUACGAAUACCACGUAGUCCACUGCGUGUAUAUGUGGAAGAAAACGCACCAGGCCAUCAUGGAGGCUACGUUUGACCACCUCGAUGGCUAUAUCGCUGGUCUGGGACACACGGGACACUGCGGCGAGAUGCUUCUAGAUCGCACAAUGGAUCUACAGGCCUGGGGAACACCAGGAUGGACCAAAUUCCCGGCAUGCGGUGCAGGGGUACUGGAGAUGGAACAUGGGUGGUAUCGAAUGCAUAAUGGAGAGAAAGCUUGGGGAAUGCCGGGUGCAGGGAACAGUCAUCACAGCUGA